AUGUCUGUUCUAGUUACUGGUGCUACAGGAUUCAUCGGUGAACAUGUUGUUGAUUUAUUACUUAAAGAAGGAUUUGGAGUGAUAGGUACAGCCAGAUCACUAGAGAAGGCACAGAAAGUACAUGCUCAAUUUAACAAUAAUCCAAAAGUUUCAUUCGAAAUUGUACCGGAAUUAACAGCAUUAGAUGCCUUUGACAAUCUAUUUCGCGAACGUGGAGAAAGCAUCCAAAGUGUAAUUCACAUGGCUUCUCCAUUUAUAUCUGGUGCUACCAAUUUUGGAAACCAACUAUUGGUUCCCGCAAGAAACGGGACUAUAGCCAUCUUUAAUGCCAUUAAAAGAUAUGGGAAGAAAGUAAGAAGGGUAGUAUUUACAUCGUCACUUCUGGCACUCGCUGAAGGUCGUAAGCUUGGUGAUAGAACGUUCACAUUUAAUGAAGGAGAUUGGAGCUCAGUUACGUGGGAAACUUGUCAAAGUGAUCCUAUGAACGCGUAUGGUGGAUCCAAGAAAUUCGCUGAACAAGCAGCAUGGGAAUUUGUAGAAAGCCACAGAGACGAAAUUAAUUUUAAAUUAACAGCGGUUAUCCCAGCCAUGGUGUUAGGACCACAUAAGUUUGCGGAGGACGUUAAGGAUCACUUAAAUCUUUCCAAUAAAAUCAUCGAUGGUUUGUUAAAUUCAUCACCAGAUCAAACUAGUCUACCAAAAAUGCAUGCAUCCUUUAUCGAUGUGCGUGAUGUAGCUAGAGCUCACCUGAUUGCCUUACAGAAAGAAAGCGCGACAGACCAAAGGAUAUGUGUUUUCAAAAGUACUUUCGGGUCACAAGAUAUCCUCGACAUUUUGAAUGCUAGGUUCCCCGAGUUAAGAGGAAAGAUAAGUUCGGGUCCAAAUCCCGGUAAAGGGGAUCAAACACCAUCAUGUAGCUACGAUUUUUCUUUUUCCGAUGAAAUUCUGGGUUUUGAAUUUAAGACCUUGGAGGAAUCAGUUUACGAUACCGUCGAGCAAGUUCUCAGUGUUAGAUGA